GGGGCCCGAUGGGCGCGGCAACGGCCGCCCGGCGGCUGAGGGGAGGGAGAAGGAGGGAGGGAGGCAGUCGGAGGGAGGCCGCGGGCGAGGCCGGGGGCUCCCCGGUGCCCCCUCUGCUGCGCGUCCCUGACAGGAGCCGUGGCGGCGGGAAUGGAGCCCGCGGGGCCGGCGCUGAGGGGACUGAGGCUGCACUUAGUUACCUGGAAUGUGGGCACAGCUUCUCCACCUCCUGAUGUCACUAGUUUACUUCAGCUCAACUCACUGGGCCCAACUAUGGAUAUGUAUGUUAUAGGUUUACAGGAGGUGAACUCAAGAAUCACAAAUUUUCUGUCUGACUUGGCAUUUGAUGAUCCAUGGAGCAUUUUUUUCAUGACUGUAUUGUCUCCAUUGGGGUAUAUCAAGCUCUCCUCCGUUCGCAUGCAGGGACUGCUACUUCUGAUCUUUGUGAAGCACGUCCACCUUCCUUUCAUCCGGGACGUUCAUACCCACUACACACGCACAGGCCUUUAUGGAUACUGGGGGAAUAAAGGAGGAGUCACCAUUCGCAUGUCCCUCUAUGGUCAUACAGUUUGCUUCAUAAACUGCCACUUGCCAGCACACAUGGAGAACACAGAGCAACGACUGGAUGACUUUGAAAAAAUUCUGGAAAUGCAGUUUGAAGGAGAGAAUAUUCCAAGUACCUUGGACCAUGACAUUCUCUUCUGGUUUGGAGAUUUGAACUUCCGGAUAGCAGAUUAUGGCAUACAUUUUGUCCGAGAAUCAAUAAAUAACAAGCGUUACAAUUUGCUGUGGGAGAAGGACCAGUUAAAUAUGGCAAAAAAGAAGGAAGCAUUUCUUCAGGAAUUCAUAGAGGGUCCUCUGCAGUUCAAACCCACCUACAAGUUUGACCUUUAUUCAGAUGUAUAUGAUACAAGAGAGCAGAAGUCCCUGUUUUGGUUUAACGAGAAGAAAAGGAAGCCAGCAUGGACUGAUAGAAUUCUUUGGAGAGUGAAAAAUCUCUGCCAGCAUGCAUCAAAAGAAGGCGAAUUCUCUGAAGAACAACAGACAAUUUCUGUUACAUUGAAUAACUAUAUCAGUCACAUGAGCUAUGGCAUCAGCGACCACAAACCUGUCACAGGAACUUUUGGGCUUGAGCUGAAGCCUCUUCUAACAGAUCCUCUGAUCACGCUGAAUCCUGAGGGUGAGUGGAGCGCAGAACAUGAUGUUCUAAUCCGCUAUUCUGCAGUGCCUGAAUUCCCAAGCAGCGCUUGGGACUGGAUUGGACUCUUUAAGGUGGCUUUCAGGCACGUGAAUGACUAUGUUACUUAUGCUUGGGUAGAAGAUGAUGAAAUUUCUUCUAACAAGGACAGCAAACAAGUUUACAUGAGUGCUGCAGAAAUACCUGAUACAGGAGGAGAAUUUUUGCUUUGUUACUACAGCAAUAAUUUGCAGGCAAUAGUUGGUAUCAGCCAGCCUUUUCAGAUUCAGCCAAAUAGAACAGUAAUAGAAAAGGAUCUGGCACAAGAAGAGAAUAGUUGGAUGCAAACACCUGACAAUCUGGAAUCGCAUAAUGAGUUCUGAAGUCAGAAGGGGCAUUCAGUGGUCCUGAUUCAGGCAUCAGAUGAUUCUUUAUGUCUUAGUGAUUAUAAGCUUUUACUCUUAGAAGAUGGAGUAAGGCAGUGCAAGUAAGACAGGUAGGGCUGUUUGGAAACUGUGUAAGCUCAUAGAAGGUAAUUUAUUGUGGAAGCAUUUUUACUGUUACAGUGAGAGUAACUCUUACAUUAGAUAGGAACUGUAAAAACAGCACCUAAUGAAUGCUGUGUGAUUUAAGAUGAUAGAAGCUUUUAAUCCAGUGACUUAACUUGAGUAAGUUGCAUUCUAUAAUAGAUUUUUAGGACUUUUUUUUUUUUUCAGAGGCUAUUUUUAUUUACAAUACAGUAUUCACUAAGCUGUAACCACUUAAUCACUGAUUUCCAGUUUUUUUAGUUUAAAUGAAGUUAUUUAAAAAUUAUUUAUUAGAUACAGCUAUCUAGCUUAUUUUAAAAAUUAUUUGACUUUUAAAUGUAAGCUAAGUACCUUUUGGGAAACACAUGCGGUAAUAAGUCCCAGAAAAACUUAAUCUUCGGAGCGUGUAAAUUUUCCUUCUGCAGUACAUCCCUUUUUUCAUGCCUUGCUGAUACCUGUUUGUAAGAUUUUUCAUUUCUAAUUUUUCCAGAUUGAGAUACUUUUAUUGAAACACACUUUUCCUGUUUUUGUUUUUGGGGUAGAUUCUUCUUUUACAAAACAGUUCAUCAAUUUGCUUUUCGCCCUCUGUUUAUGUUUUUUUUUAAUGUAAAAUGUCUUUUAUGUUGGUCCCUGGCUCAGAGUUAAGCAGAAUCUCAAAAUUUCUGAAAGCAAUAGCUACGUUUGAGAAAUGCUUUAGCAUAGGUGGGCAGUUCAUAGCUCAUAACGCACUUGUUGGCAAAGAGCUACUGAAUAUGCUAACCCUGCCUCUUCUCUGCUGUAUGGUAUUUAUAAAGCUAAAGACACAGUUCAUCCCUGAUACUAUUAGGCUACAUUGUUGUUACACAUACUACAGAGUAACAUGAAUUAUAAACAGGAAACUUAGUGGAACAAAGUUUUUUAUAUAGCACAAUCUGUGCUACCAAAAUUGUGGAACUCUUUAACUUCUUUCUAGCAAUCAGUCUGCAAAAUGUCUUUGCCUGGUGGUGCUUAGACUUGAAUGUAUCCUGUGCACUUGAGGGUGGAGAUAGAAUAAGAAACAUCAAGUACUUUUAAAAACCUGAAAAGUAGUUAGCUUUAGAAAUGGUUUUGUCUGUUGAUGAGGAAAGGGAGGUCUUUGGAAAGGAUUUGGAAGACAUGCCACCAUUCCACAGAAUCUCAGAUGUCAGUGACAGAGAAGAGCACUUGUUAGUCUCCAUGUUCUAGACACAGCUUUGAGUUCCCUACUGCGUAUGGUGAGUAGUUAGUUGCUAAUCACUGUCUUGUUGGUCACAGAUGGAAGAAAGAAAAUUUGGCUUAAGUGGAAGAGUGAGGCAAAGGAUGAUGCUGCUGGUGUGUUUAUUUUGCUUCAGAACUGAGUGGUUUCUAUUUUAUUCUCAUAGUUUUAGGUAUUUUUGUUGGGAUUCUUUUGCGAUAGAAAGUGUACACCUUGAUGGAAAAUUUGUUUCGCAAUUGCUUCCUUAUGUCAUUCACUGUAUAAAUAACCUUCUGGGGUCCCAGAGUCUUUGUAUAUUGUGGAGACUGUAUCAUGGCUGAACUGGUUAGAUUGUUGCAGUUUGGGGUUUAAGAGCAUCUGCCCUCUGUAAAUUUCUGUUAGUUGUAUCUCAACAAAUGCUUGGUAUUGGGAAAUAUUUCCAGUUGUAAGUAGGGAGGGCAGGUUCAGAAGAUCCUGUGUUCAUUGCAUGGAUUAAAACUGCCUUGAGGUUUACAGUUGACAUUCCUAUUAUACUUUGGAACAACAUUAGAAACCGUUUUCACAUUUGUAGCACUCUUACAAGGAUUUGUGUUGCACUACAUCUUUCAGAUAAGUGAUUUUUCAUGGCAGUUACAGCAUCAGACAAAUCCCUACUGAAGUGCAAAUAGCUUGCAGGUUUUUAGUCGUUACUGUUUCUGUUUUUUUUUUCUUGUGUAACUGUAACACCAUACUCUAUGCAAGGAGAUUCCCAUGGAGAGCUCAAAGAACUGUGGUCUUUGAAUUCCAGACCAUAGCUGGUGAUUUAUUGUGGACCAAGAUCCAGUUUCUUCUAAUCAGGGUGCAUCUGCCAUUCACGAGCAGCUCAGAGGGGGAGCCAUACAUGGGGAGCUUUACAUGGGCGAGAAACCCAACCUCCUUAAUGUUGUAUGAGAACUGAUAACUCUCUCAAUCACUGGAGACAGAAGCUGCAUUUUGUAAACUAAUCCUUUGCACCACAGGACUUCACUGAAAUGCCCACAGCAGCUGCGAUUGAAUCUGAUGGUGUGUUAGGAAGAUGCUGCACAGAACUGUAUACUUCUUGAAGAUUAUGCACACAGUGGCAGUUUUGUUUACUACUGUUACCUAUGGUAGCUUUUCAAACUAUUCCAUGAUCUGUAAUGAUGCAAUUUCUAAUGAAAUUUAUCUUUUUUUUUUUAAAGCACCUUUGAUUGGAUGUUAUGAUCACUGGAAAUGUUUUUAUACUCAUGUGUUUUCUUUUCAUGUAUGACUAAAAUAAAUCCUGGCAGUGAAGUGUUCUA